AAUUAUUUAAUAACAAUUGAUUUGUUAUAAAAAUGAAAAAAAUUGACAGCUAACUUCAGUAUUGAAAUACUAACAAUAAGGAAGAAAUAUUUGGAUAAAUAUAUAAGAAUAAAUAUACCUGGAGAUAUAUAAUCUUUUAUAGAGAUUUUAUAUGGACAAGCAGAUAAUCGAAGGCUGGCGGGGCGGGAUUCCCGUGGAGAAAGCCGCUGAUGACGGAGGAAGGACUCAAUGUAAUUGGAUCUCAUGUGAAUUAAAGUGUCAAUAUCUGUAAUUUAUCUACAAUUAAAAUAAUACAACAAACAAAUAAUUAAAAAUAUAGAAGAAGAAAUAUACCAGGCGAUUAUUGUAAAUAAUCGCCUUGCGCUAGUGGUUCCUGGCUAUGGGCGAGCAUCCAAUAAGAAUAAUCUUGUCAGGUAAUCGAGACACGGAAGAGCAAGCGGAGGAUGUGAGGGCGAAGAGAAGACGGAGGGAAGACAAGAAGAAAAGUUACAAAAUUUGCAGCAAAAAGAGUGACAGUGAGAGUGAUAAAGAUAAAGGUGAGUUCCGGACUUGUGGUAGUUCUUCUUCUUCUUCUUCUUCUUCUUCUUCUUCUUCUUCGUCAGGGAGUCCCGCUGAAGGACUGCCACCGUCAUCAUCAUCGUCAUCUCGACGACACCCGUCACUUCUCGUGGUAUCGUCGCUCGGGUUCUUGAGGGUGUCCUCGCCCUCGAGCCUCCUGGCUGGGCUGCUCCUCGUUAGUCUACUGGUGAGUCACUUCAGGGCAACUUUGGCGGUGCCCACGAGAAUGGAGCACCAGCAGAGCCACCGUCACCAAUACCGUCAUCAACCUGAGAGCCUCGAGGCUCACGAGCCGCCCAAAGAGGGGACCGGAGACAAUGCUGGGCUUCGUGAUGAUGACGAUGAUGAGCUUGAGACCUUGAGGAGAAGCAUCGUGGAGGGUCUCGGUCUCAAGAGGAUACCCGAUCCUUCAAAGGCUAACGUGAGUCAGACCGAGUACGAGAGAGCCCACGGAGAGUACCUGACCAGGCUGCAAAUGUCCAGAGCACCUGGUGACAGAAGACGUAAGAGACUUCACACUUUUAAUGCAACAGAAGUGCCGAGUCGAGUAAGAAGACAAGCGAUAGAAAACGAGCACCACCACCUGUUCUUCCCAAUAGAGAUGCCAGUGGACGCUGAAGUAGAGCACGCGAACUUGAGGCUGUUUCUGACGACAGACCUUGAAGAAGCGCCAAUAGAAGCAUCAAUUUACAGACUGACUAACUCCUCGCGACACUUGGUGGCCAGAGAAACAAUCCAAAGACUCUCAGGCCCGCGGUGGAUCGAGCUGGACACCACGGAGGUUGCUGCUUACUGGCACGAAGCUCUGGAGGACAAUUUGGGUCUGGAGCUGCGCUUGGAGAGUCUUGUGGGGAGAAACAUCGCCUUUUCUAGCCCAGUUUUUAACGUGUUCACAACGAGCCACGGCUCGCGAAGACGCAGGUCAGCUCCAGAGCAGCUGAUGUCGCUUCACAAGGGUCGCCGGACAGAAUGCCGGGACAACAAUAAAAAGUGCUGCCGCCAUGAAAUGACGGUGAUCUUCAAAGACAUAAAAGGGUUUGAGUUCAUAGUUCAGCCGAAGAAUUUUGACGCUGGGUACUGCAAAGGACGGUGUCCUCCUCGGUACAAUCCUGCGCACCACCACGCGCUUCUUCAAAGCUUGAUUUGGAAAGAAGACAAGCGCAAAGCGCCCAGACCCUGUUGCGCGCCCAGCAAACUUGCCGAGCUUGAGAUUCUUUAUUUUGAUGAAAAUGAUCCUACCAAGCUUAAAGUCUCCAGCUGGAAAAACAUGAGGGUUCUUGAGUGUGCGUGUUCUUAAAAGCUGGUUAAAGGAAAAAAAAUAAAUUUUUAAUUAGAUUUAAACCGAAGAAUUAUUUUUAAUAAUAACGAACAAUAAUUAACUCAGACAGUGGAAUUAUGUAAGUGAUUUUUUGCAGACCGACUAAUGAUAAUGAUAACAAUGAUAUAAUGUCUAAAGUCAAUGUUUUGUCGUUAAAACAUAAUAACAUUAUUGCGAUACUUUAUUAUAAUUAACAAAAUAUUGAUAUUGGGUAAUUGUUCUGUCUCGAGGCUCCACUUAUCUUUUAAGUUACAAGCUGUCAGUUUUAUUUAUUGCCAGUCACUUCCGUGGAUAACGUGUUCUAAUUUAGAUUUUUUUUGAAUCUUGAGGAAAAGCUUAUGAGGUUAUGAGUUUGUGGGAUUUUAAUUUUAAUUUUAUGACCUUUAGGAAUUUUUUUUAAUAAAUAAAUUAUAAAAAAGAACUUUGGGUCAAUUUUUAGCACAAUUUCACUAUGUGAUUUCUGUGACUUGUGGACUAUUUUAAUUUAUUAAAUAAUGACUUUAGUUAAAUUGCACUGUACUUUCUUAACUAUUGAUGUUUUUAAAGAUAUA